AACUUAAAAUCACCAAGUCGCCCCUUCAUAGCAAAAAUACACAGUCUAAUAGGUUUCAACACGAUGCAACCUCAGGAAAGCACAAAAGCAACCCCAUGGGACGAGCGAACAGACUCGCCAGACGAGCUCAUGCAAGACGAUACCAAGGCAGAACUCGGUGUUGGUAGAGAAAUCAAUCAUCAUAAUUCGGAACGCGUUCGCAGAGGAUUUCUCCCGUGGUUAUGUUUGGUCCCAGUCUUGCAGGAUCCCAGGCAGUAUACACCGGGGAUGAAGUGGGGAUUGACCUUUAUUGUGGCGAUGGGAGGGCUGGUUGUUCCAUUGGGUAGUGGUGUUUUGUUCCCCUGCCUGAUAGAGAUCGCCGAGGAUAUGGAUACCACAGUGUCGGUGGUGAACUUGUCUAUCGCUUUUGGCUCACUCUCUGUCGCUAUCACUCCCUUGUGGUGGUCAUACCUCGCGGAGCUCUAUGGUCGCCGACUGGUAUAUAUGUCGUCGUUUUUCUUGCUUGGAAUUUUUAGCAUUCUGUCUGCUAUCAGCCCCAACAUCGGCAUGUUUAUCGCUAUGCGACUCCUUGGUAAUGCCUCUAGUGCGUCUCUUCAAGCUGUCAGCGCCGGUACCAUUUCCGACAUGUUCGAAACGCGAGAUCGCGGUAAAGCCAUGGGAGCCUUCAUGCUUGGUCCUAUGCUAGGGCCUAUGUUUGCCCCCAUUAUUGGGGGCGCACUCACUAUGCGCUGGAGCUGGCGCAGCACGCAGUGGUUUAUGGUCAUCUAUGGCUGGGCUGUGUUUGUGGUAAUGGUCUUCUUUAUGCCGGAGACGGCCACUAACCUCGAAGAGAACCGCCGUCAGCACCGAGAAGACACCACUAGCCCGACUAAGAAAGUCUUCCACUUCCUUCUAAAGCCUAUGGAAGCCGCAAAGCUCCUUCAAUACCCUCCUAUUCUUAUUACGGUCUAUUACACCAGCAUUGUUUUCGCUACGUACUACCUCAUCUGCGUCUCCAUCGAAGACACCUUCGCCCUACCGCCAUACUCCUGGAGCUCCGUUGUUGUCGGUGUGGCCUAUAUCCCCGGCGGCCUGGGUCUAUUAGUUGGUGCGAUCAUUGGCGGCCGCUGGCAGGAUUAUAUCAUGGCGCGGACUGCCCGAAAGGAGAGCCGAUAUGAUGAUAAGGGAGAGUUGAUCCUCCACCCGGUAGAUCGCCUAGGUGAGAACUGUCUCUUUGCAGGCAUUCUCUUUCCUGGAGCACUCUUGUGGUGGGGAUGGGCAGCUGAUAAGCAUAAGUUUUGGCUGGUCCCACUCCUCGGAAACUUCUUUUAUGGAGUUGGUGGAAUGAUUCUCAGCAACGUGACCAUGACAAUGCUGACUGAGUUUACACCUAAAAACUCCACUAUCGGUGUUGCGGUGAAUAACCUCAUGCGAAACAGUCUGUCGUGUGUGAGUGCGAUUAUUGCGCAGCCGUUAUUCGAUGCGAUUGGCACGGGUUGGUCUUUCACUGCUGUUUGUUUAUUCUGUCUUCUUAGUGGUAUUCCGUUGAUCCUUCUGCGGAUCAAGCGGGAUGAAUGGAGUCGGCAGAUGAAGGCCAAGCUAGGGAGUGAGUAG